AUGACUCAAGUAAAGAGAUUAAAGUAUACUUUAGGAUUUGUCUAUUGUCGUGAAACUAACCAAAUACUUCUUUUAAACCGUACUAAAUCUCCCUGGAUGGGGAAAUGGAAUGGUGUGGGUGGGAAAUUAGAUGUUGGUGAAUCCCCUUAUGAAUGUAUAACAAGAGAAGCUCAAGAAGAAACUGGUUUAUAUUUAACCAAUUGGCAAGGUAAGGGAGCAUUCACUUGGGAAGUUUACACUACGCAAAAGGGUAAUAAUUCAUCUGAACUGGUAAAAGAAACAGGAGGUCUUUAUCUUUUUAUUGCUGAAGUUACUAAACAAGAAGUUGAUGAAUACAAGACUCCUAUUACAUAUUGUAAAGAAGGUAUAUUAGAUUGGAAAAGUUUAGAUUGGAUUCUACAUGAAGAGAAUUUAGGAAUUGGAUCUUUUCCUGUGUGA